AUGAGUCGUCAGAAGGGCAACGACAUCGCCGCGAUUUUCGUCCAUGCGGGCGCCGGAUUUCACAGCCAUAACAACGAGAAAGCUCAUCUGGAAACAUGCGAAAACGCCGCCCGAGCCGCCAUGGCGCUACUCAAGGCCGGUGCGUCUGCAGUUGAAGCAGUUGAAAUGGCCAUCAUAGUCCUCGAAGAUGCCGAAAUAACUAACGCCGGUUAUGGGAGCAACAUGACUUUGGAUGGUGCGGUGGAGUGUGACGCUACCAUUGUCAAUCAUCUUGGACGGAGCGGUGCUGUGGGUGCCGUUGCCCAGGUCAAAAAUCCAAUCUCACUAGCUCGGCUCACUCUUGAUGCUUCAUCUAAACCAUUGUCGUUGCAAAGAGUUCCCCCAAACUUCCUCGUGGGCCAGGGGGCAACAGACUUUGCUUAUGAACAUGGGCUAGUGGUGCUCCCACAUGACGGUCUGAUUGCACCUGCAGCGAAAGAAAGAUGGCACCGCUGGCGACUUGAGUUGGAAGAAGCCGAGUUCAAAGAGCGUCAACAGGAUCCGAAUUCUUUCUCGGAUGUGGUAUGCGCUGGCAAUCCGAAUCCUAUCCUCACGUCGCCUCUUCCAUACAAUGCAAUGCCUAGUUUUGUCACGGCUAGAGACGGGGAAUGCAGUGAUGGUAUCCCUGUCCCACAGCAUGUGUCUGCUAAUGCUAACGACACUGAAGCCCACGCAACUGUCAGUAUGGAUUCUGAGUCAAGAGCCCAUAUCUCUUCGGACACCCACAGAAAUGUCGACCCUGAAGACCUCUUGUCUGAGUUCGAAAUGGACCAAAUCAGCGAUACUGUCGGCGCAAUUGCGAUCGAUUCCGUAGGAAAUAUCGCCGCUGGCUCGUCAUCAGGCGGUAUCGGCAUGAAACAUCGCGGACGGAUCGGACCUGCUGCCCUGGUGGGAGUGGGCACAACAGUGAUCCCCGUGGAUCCCAACGAUCCUGAAAAGACCUGCGUCGCUACAGUCACUUCAGGAACCGGUGAGCACAUUGCGACCACUAUGGCGGCCAGUGUAUGCUCCACGCGCGUUUACUACUGUCAGAAAAAGUGCGAAGACGGUACAUUCGAGGAGGCCACCGAGGAUGACGCGAUGAGGACAAUGAUUGAGUCCGAAUUCAUGGGCCACCCCGGUGUGAAAGACAGUCAUUGCCAUGGUGCUAUUGGAAUUAUGUCCGUCAAAAAGACCAUCGAUGGGGUGUUCCUUUUCUUUGGGCACAAUACGGAUUCCUUCGUAAGUACUAUCUCUAUCACCAAACCUCAAUUACUAACUGACAAAAAGCCAGUUUCUGUGAUGUCUCGCAGUAAUGGGAACGGUAGCAUUGCGCAAGGCGGCCGUGCCUACCGCUACAGAAGAUUCAACCUGCGUGGCACUGCUUCGUAG